AUGGAUUGCUCUGAUCAUAUUCAAAAUCCAAUUGUUUCUAUAUGUAUUGCUCCUCACAAGUGUCAAUUUCAAAGAAAACUUUGCGGUUAAUGCCUUUAUCACCAUGGAAUGGCUCUCAUACAAUAAACUAUUCCAUUAAAUCAAUUUCAAGAAAUGGUUAUCAAGAAAUUAAAAGAAUCUAAUCUUUAAGAGACAUCUGAUUUGACUAAAUAAAGAAUUGCUUUUAAAUCCAUGCUAUUUGAAAACGAAAAUUUAUUGAAGAAAAUUUGCAACGAUUUAUCGGAAUAAAUUAAGGAAACAUAUGAUUGGAUUGAAAGGAAAAAUCAAUCAUACAUUAAUAUUAUCAAUGAUAAUACUAAUCUAGCAGUAUCCUCCUAUACUGAUAUAGAUAAAUUAGUCUCCAUUUUAUAAGGGUCAACAUUAAAUGAUUGGAAAGCUUAGAAAAAUAAAUAAAUGAUGGAGAUUGAUAAAAUUAAGAAUUUGUUAGACCAAGAAAUAAAUGGUUUUAUCCAAAAGUUGAAGGAAGUAUAAAAAGAGAUUAAGUCAUUAAUUUAGUAAGUUUUUCAAUUUUAUUCUAGGGUUCAAUCUAAUUAAGAAGAAGAAAAUUAAAAAUGGAAUGACUUGAAAAUUCAUGAAUUGAAUAAAUUGGAUGGCCAUAGUAAUUAUGUCGUAUCAGUAUGCUUUUCCCCUGAUGGUACUACAUUAGCAUCUGGUAGUUGGGAUAAGUCUAUUCGUUUAUGGGAUGUUAAGACAGGAUAAUAAAAAUGCAAAUUGGAUGUUUGUAAUAGCAUUAUCUUUUCAGUAUGCUUCUCUCCUGAUGGUACGACAUUAGCAUCUGGAAGUUCUAAUAAAUCUAUUCGUUUAUGGGAUGUUAAGACAGGAUAAUAAAAAUCAAAAUUGGAUGGUCAUAGUAGCUGUGUGAAUUCGGUAUGUUUCUCUCCUGAUGGUAUUACAUUAGCGUCUGGUAGUGGUGAUAACUCUAUCUGUAUAUGGGAUAUUAAGUCAGGAUAAUAAAACGCUAAAUUUGAUGGUCAUACUAGUUAUGUCAAUUCCAUAUGUUUCUCUCCUGAUGGUCUGACAUUAGCAUCUGGUAGUUACGAUAAAUCUAUCCGUUUGUGGGAUGUUAAGACAGGAUAAUAAUAAGCAAAACUAGAUGGUCACAGUAAUUAUGUGCAAUCAGUAUGCUUUUCUCCUGAUGGCACAAUAUUAGCUUCUAGUAGUUCAGAUAAGUCGAUCAUUUUGUGGAAUGUUGAGACAGGAUAAUAAAAAGCGAAAUUGGAUGGUCAUAGUAGCUGUGUGAAUUCAGUAUGCUUCUCUCCUGAUGGCACAAUAUUAACUUCUUGUAGCUCAGACAAAGUGAUCCUUUUGUGGAAUGUUAAGACAGGAUAAUAAAAAGCAAAAUUGGAUGGUCAUAGUAGCUGUGUGAAUUCAGUAUGCUUCUCUCCAGGGGAUUCUAUAUUAGCAUCUGGUAGUAGUGAUAACUCCAUUUGUUUAUGGGUAGUUAAGUUUGAAAAAUGA